UAGGCGCGCCGGUUGAUAUCUCUGCUGUCCUCACUGAAGGCGAGAAGUUUCAUGGGAAUGACCUACGGACCCACUCUUUUGAAACAGAAACAUGGCUGUUGAUUCGGCAGAUUUUCAGGAACCGGAAGCUCUAGUGGAGCUGCUUGAUGAUAAAAGUUCUACUCCGCUUCCUAUGUUAUGCGUAGAAGAUGGGGCAGUCAUCUUACGCUUCUCCGAAAUCUUUGGUAAUUUUGAACCGAUGAAGAAGCGAGAGAAGGACAGGAAGUACACAAUUCCUAGAGAGAAAUACAAGUCCAUGGAUACUUCAAACAUUGUUGAAGAGGAUGAAGAGGGAUUCCUGAAGGUCUUUUGCCAUGGUUUUCCUAUAUUGAGACAUGCACAUGUAAUUCAAGAUGAUGUUUCGGGAAGAAUGGACUAUGAAUUACAAUCAGAAAAAAUUGUGUUUGUUCAAGGGGCUCCGAUGAUGGCUCCACAGUUUGAUGAGCAAAGGCAGGGCUCUUAUCUCCUGGCUGAACCAAUGAAAGAGGAUACAACAAUAGACCUAUCUGCAGAGUGGAACUCACCUUUGGCAACUAAAUUUUAUCCUCUCGAUCAGCUAAACUGGGAAGAUAAAUAAUUUGGAAUAAUUCUCCUGCACAGAGUGACAAUGCUGCAGAGAGUUGUGAGACCGCUGGACCUGACUCUGAGGAUCUGUUAAGUGUUCAACCAGAAGUGGAGGCUAGGCUGAAAAAUAAUCAGUCAGAUUUGCAGAUAGAAUAUGAUGAGAAAGAUCACGGUUCUUUUCUGCUUAGGUGCUCAGUUUUGGUGGAGCCCUUUGGCUCAAAAUAUAUUAUGGGUUUGACAAACCAACCUUUCUCGGAAACCAGAUAUCAUCCCCAACUUUUGAGGUUGGAGUCGCGGUUGGGUCCUCCAAGCAACUUAGAUGGCAGAGAAGAUGUUACCAAAGAGAACCACCUUAGGGAUGCCAUAAAGCAUUUUAGCAAACUCAACUUAGAAAACCGGGACAUGAUGGAAGGAUCUUGGUUUGACAGAAUAAUUUGGGAAUCACAUCAAUCCAUUCCAAAACCAAAGCUAAUACUUGAUCUUCAGGAUGAACAGAUGCUCUUUGAAGUUCUGGAUAACAAGGAGGGUAAACACCUUCGACUUCAUGCUGGGGCUAUGUUCGUAACCCGCUCUGUGAAGUCCAGUGGUGGCGAUUCUGCAGAGCCAAAUGGCCAUGGAGGUCUAUCUGGUGCUCGAUUCAACAUUUCUAAUGACAAAUUCUAUUCCAACAGAAAAGUUUCUCAGCAGUUGAAAUCACAUUCUAAAAAGCGUGCUGCUCAUGGUGUCAAAGUCUUGCAUUCAAUACCUGCACUUAAGCUGCAGACGAUGAGACCGAAGUUAAGCAACAAAGAUAUUGCGAAUUUUCACCGGCCAAAAGCUUUAUGGUAUCCGCACGAUAAUGAGGUGGCACUCAAAGAACAAGGGAAACUACUUGCCCAAGGACCGAUGAAAAUCAUAUUGAAAAGCUUGGGUGGCAAAGGAAGUAAACUUCACGUGGAUGCCGAAGAGACCAUUUCUUCUGUCAAAGCAAAAGCUUCAAAAAAGCUAGAUUUUAAACCAUUGGAACCGGUAAAAAUAUUUUAUUCUGGACGAGAGCUUGAAGACUAUAAAUCCCUUACUGCUAAAAACGUUCGACCGAACUCCUUGCUUCAUCUUGUUCGUACAAAAGUACAUUUGUUGCCCAGAGCGCAAAAGGUUCCUGGUGAGAAUAAGUCUUUGCGACCUCCUGGCGCAUUUAAGAAGAAAUCUGAUCUUUCUGUUAAAGACGGCCAUGUCUUCCUUAUGGAGUACUGUGAAGAAAGACCUCUACUCCUUGGAAAUGUUGGUAUGGGUGCAAGACUAAGUACUUACUAUCAGAAAUCUGCCCCAGGUGAUCAAACUGGCACCUUGUUACGGAAUGAAAGCAGCAGUUUGGGCAGUGUCCUCGUGCUUGAUCCUGCUGAUAAAUCUCCUUUCCUUGGAGAUAUAAAAGCGGGCUGUAGCCAAUCAUGUCUUGAAACUAACAUGUAUAGGGCUCCCAUAUUUCCGCACAAGGUGUCAUCAACUGACUAUCUGUUGGUUCGUUCUACGAAGGGAAAGCUUUCUAUAAGACGAAUUGACAGGCUUGAUGUUGUUGGACAACAGGAGCCUCACAUGGAGGUAAUGUCUCCGGGAACAAAAGGUGUCCAGACAUAUAUAAUGAAUAGGCUUUUGCUCUACAUGUAUCGUGAAUUUUCUGCCGUCGAAAAGCGUGGUUUGCUUCCUUGCAUCCGCGCGGUUGAGUUGUCUGCACAGUUUCCUACCUUGUAUGAAGGUUUCCUUCGAAAAAGGUUGAAGCAUUGUGCAGAUUUGCAGAGGGGGGCGAACGGACUGCUAUUUUGGGUUAUGAGGCGUAAUUUUCGCAUUCCUUUGGAGGAGGAACUUAGAAGAAUGGUGACUCCCGAGAAUGUCUGCGCCUAUGAAAGCAUGCAAGCUGGAUUACACAGGCUCAAACGGUUAGGGAUUACAAGGCUGACUCAUCCUACAGGCUUCUCCUCUGCAAUGAAUCAGCUCCCUGAUGAAGCCAUUGCUUUAGCCCCUGCAUCCCACAUUGAGAGGGAACUGCUGAUAACCCCAUGGAACUUGAGUAGCAACUUUGUUGCCUGUACAAGUCAGGACAGGGAAAAUAUUGAGCGUCUGGAAAUUACUGGUGUUGGUGAUCCAUCUGGAAGGGGCCUAGGUUUCAGCUACGUCCGUACUGCUCCAAAGGCACCAGUAUCAAAUGCGACGGUGAAGAAGAAAACAGCUAUUAAUCGUGGAGGUUCAACUGUAACUGUAACAGAUGCUGAUCUACGUAGAUUAAGCUUGGAUGCUGCACGAGAGGUUCUACUCAAGUUCAAUGUACCAGAUGAACAAAUUGCUAAACAAACAAGAUGGCAUCGAAUUGCUAUGAUUCUCAAGCUUUCAAGUGAGCAAGCUGCAUCUGGCAUCAAGUUUGAUCCAACAACAAUCAGCAAGUAUGCACGUGGCCAGCGGAUGUCUUUUCUGCAGCUUCAGCAACAGACCAUGGAGAAGUGUCAAGAAAUUUGGGAUCGACAAGUCCAAAGUCUUUCUGCUGUAGAUGGUGAUGAAUUUGAGAGUGACUCAGAAGCAAAUAGUGACCUGGACUCCUUUGCCGGGGACCUAGAAAAUUUACUGGAUGCAGAAGCAUUUGAAGAUGGGGAUGAGGGUAACUACGAGUCUAGGCAUGACAAAGUAGAUGGUGUAAAGGGGCUUAAGAUGAGAAGGCGACCAUUGCAAGCUCAGGCAGAAGAAGAAAUUGAGGAUGAGGCAGCUGAAGCUGCAGAACUAUGCAGAAUGCUUAUGGAUGAUGACGAGGCUGAGCGGAAGAAGAAGGCAAGAACUGCAGGGGAUAAAGUGCAAUUGACUCCAGGUUCACGUCGAUUUGGGGUGGAAAACGCAGAGCGAGUGAAGAAAACUCACACAGUGGUCAAGAAAAUUGCUAGUACGACCCAACCUGCUGAAUCCUAUGGAGCAAAAGACAAUUUCAUUCGAGAACCAAAGAAGAUUAUCAAGGAAAAGAAAUCUGCCAGAGAAAGUUUCGUCUGUGGAGCCUGUGGCAAACUUGGGCACAUGAGGACCAACAAGAAUUGCCUCAAGUAUGGAGAAGAUUUAGAAACACAAGUUGAAGGUUCAGAUCCGGAGAAGGCAUCGCUAAGAGUUAAUUCUAUGGAUCACGGUGGUAAAACUGUGACAAAGAAGCUCAUAUCGAAAGGUGCAACAAAAAUGGCUUUAGUGGAAGUUUCGGAGGAUGACAAAUCUAGUUCAAAGGCAAAAGUUCUAAAAGUCAAAUGCGGGUCUAAUGAGAAACUUCCUGAUAAACAAACUCCUGUAGCCUCACAAUGUUCUGAUAAACCAGUAAUAUCAGAUGCAGAAACUGGGAACAACAAACCUGUUGUCAAGGUUAAGAAAAUAAAAUUCGCCAACAAGUUGAAACCUAGUUGAAUCGCACAAACCCUCUAUUGUGAUAAAGCCUCCAGUAGAGACAGAUAGAGACCAGGCACGAAAGAUCGUCAUUAAACAACCGAAGGAGGUCAUUAAUCUGGACAAAAGCAGUCAAGAAGUUAGCUCUAGUCUUCAGAACAGGAAAAUGAAGAAAAUUAUUGAUUUGUCCACUUUUGAGAAGCAUAGUGAGAAUGAGAGCAAGCGUUCAGCUGAAGAGGCAGCCAGGAGAAAUAUGAGAGAGGGCCAAGAGACUGUAUGAACAAAAGAGGAUACUGGAAGAACAAGAAAGGUUGGCUGAUAUCAGAAGAUUUGAAGAAGACAUAAGAAGGGAGAGAGAGGAAGAAGAACGUCAAAAGGAAAAGAAGAAGAAAGGCCCGAAACGGCAAGAGAUUAUUAUUUAGAUGACCUCAUGACAAGAGAA